GAUCAAGCCGGAGACGACAGUGAUAAGCCAAAGUUAAUGGGUCCCGCGAUGAAGUAUACCGAAUUCCCUGUAGCAACCCAUCCCACGAAGUCCAUAUAACCAUAAACCCUUCCCUCCGCAUCACUUUGUUGUUCGGUGGGAGGAAGCCACGCCGCCUCUUUCGAUCUCUUCUUUCCCAUAUCAUCGACCGCAACUUCUUCUUCUGAAUCUUAGAAGAUAUAACAUGAAGGGAGAACAGGACGGCCUUCCAAAAUUUCCUGCUCGAAAGAUGAAGUUCACCCCUAAGAUACGUCCUCGGAAGGCACCAAAGCCUCUCACAACUAAAACGGAAACACCUGAAACCAAGGAUGAUGUUGUUGAUAAGGAACUGCUCUCAAAGCUUAACCAUGCGAAGCAGGCUAACGAUGGUCUCAUGAGGAGAUUUCCUAAGAGUGAUAGAAAAGUUGGCCCGUCAGAAGUAGCAUUUGGCCAUGGAAGUUCCUCGUUAGCAAGGUCAUUUCCCAAGGGUCGUGGUACAGGAAUCCAAGAUUCAGAUGGCCUUGAUGUACAGAAAUUUGAGAAAGAAUAUGUCGAGCCUUGGGAUUAUGAUCAUUCAUACUAUCCUUCCACACUUCCCCUAAGAAGGCCCUACUCUGGGAACCCAGAAAUUCUUGAUGAAGAGGAAUUUGGGGAGGCUUCAGCAAGCUUGGGUAUGGAUGAAACUCAAAUUGAUUCAGCCGGGGAACUUGGUCUGAUGGAGAAGAGGGAAGAAACACAAAUGCUCUUCUUUCAGUUUCCUGCAAACCUUCCAGUGCUAAAGCAACCUGCUGCAACCACAAACACUAAAGAUGCUGCAGGCAAGAUAGACCGUGCAUCGAAGAAGGGCUGCAAAUUGGAGGAGCUGCAACCGGGGUUUAUGGGUAAACUAUUGGUCUACAAGAGUGGGAAAGUCAAGAUGAAGCUAGGAGAUACACUGUUUGAUGUUUCUCCUGGUUUAUGCGGUUCAUUCGCUCAAGAUGUCGUAGCUAUUAAUACUAAAGACAAGCGCUGUUGUGUACUCGGGGAGAUCGACAGGCGCGCCGUGGUGACCCCGGAUAUCGAUGCUUUGUUGGACUCCAUCGAUGAUCUUGAUUGAUGUUAACUUUCUAACCCCAAACUUUGAUCAAUUAUGAAUCAACUCCUUCGUAAUCUCAGAGGUGCACAAUCGAAAAAUUAGUUUAUUUUUUUUAUUUAAUCAUAAAUGUAUAACUUUUGGUUCCUGCUUUGCUUACCCACGCAUGUAUGCGGACAUUUGACAGCAUAAAUAAAGGCCAUUAUCAUGCUUUAGCGUGUAA